AUGAACACAGCGAAAGGCGUCAAGGACACCAAGAUGGAGAUGCGCAGGAAGGCCGGGGAGAUUGCCAAGCUCAUGAAGAAGCAGUUGACGAAGGAAACGCUCGGCAAAGACAUACCAGCAAUCACCGAAUCUAUAACUCCUGACAUGGCCCGUGUUCUGCAUCAUGGCACGCCAGAAAACAGCGAUAACAAGACAUUCCAGAGAGCGCAACAGUGCCUGACAAGCCUUCAAGACUUGGUCAGAAGUUACGAAAUUCUGAACCAGGGCAGCAUUAACACCCAGGAGCCGACGCGGACUCACUGGGAUCAGGACGAGGCCAAUCUCAGGGCCUUGAACGAGAGCGCAAUGGGGGUGGCAUUCAGGAUUUUGAACGGCAUUGUGAUGCCUCAUGCCAAUAAUGGCCUGGUUGAGGAUCGAGCAAAGACCGACGGCAGCAGCGAUAUAGACACCAUGGCGACGGAACUUCUCGCCGAGGCGAAGCCACAGCGGGGAGACGUCACCUGGGGGAUGACUGCUCGGGAUAUUUUCAGAGUCCUCUCAGGAACCGUAGGGCUGUUGCCAGAGGCGCAACAGAAAUCGCAUGGAUGA